AAUGCUAAAAUAAGACUUUUUCAUUAGUCUAAACGGCGAGCUACGUUGUGUUAUGUUUACGUGCCCGAUAAGCCUUUUUUUAUAUUUAUGAUAUAAUUAGCUAGCGAGAUGUGUCUGAGUGGGACAUUAAUACGGUUCAUUGCCGUCUUUCUUACGACGUCCCCGCUCACUGAAUGUUAUCCUCGCUUGUAUCCUAGUCAAUUCCAGCAAGCAGGGCCUUUGGCGAGCCAACAGCUGUUGAGCGGUCAGUAUCAGGCCGCGGUUCCGCCUGAAAUAAACGACCCCGUUCCACAACGUCGUCAGAAAACAGUAUCCGUGUACUGCCACGAAGGAGCGAUAGAGGUCGCGAUGAGCACGGACCUGUUUGCGUCGGGGUUUCCAGUCCUCGCCGGUGAGCUGUGGAUGGGUUCCUCUUCGCGGCUUAACGACGUGUCUGCGGCGUCGUGCGGAGCCGUGCAAACCGGAGAAUCGCAGUUAACCAUUUUUGCGUAUUUCACGGAUUGCGGAACCAAACUAUCCGUAACUGGAGACUCUCUAGUGUACUCGAAUGCCAUCGUGUACUCCCCUCAAUUAUCUCCUGACGGUGUCCUUCGCCAGGAAGGUGCAGUUAUACCUGUUCAGUGCCAAUACCAGAGGCGGUACAGUGUUGACAGCGCAGCAGUAGCACCCACUUGGACCCCAUUUGCUUCCACUCUUUCUGCCACAGAUCAUCUGGACUUCAGCCUCCGACUGAUGAAUGAUGAUUGGCAGUACGAGAGGGGCUCAAACAUCUAUUUCCUUGGAGAUGCGAUAAACCUCCAAGCAUCUGUUACCUUGGCCAAUCACUUCCCCCUCCUCUUGUUUAUUGACUGGUGUGUGGCAACACCAACUUAUGGUGUGGUUCCUAGCGACGUCAAAUAUUCUUUUGUGGAUAAUAAUGGAUGUCUUGCAGACAGUAGGAGUUUGUACUCUCGCUCCAAGUUCUUGCCGAGGAGCCAAAGCAACACAUUAAACCUGCAGCUAAAUGCCUUCAGAUUCUACAACUUGACCAGCAAUUUGGUUUUCAUCUCAUGUUACCUAAAAGCUAUCCCUGCUGCGUAUCUUGUGAGCCCUCAGAACCGAGCAUGUUCUUUUAUUGACGGAAGGUGGCAGUCUGUGGAUGGAAGUGAUGAGGUGUGUAACACCUGUGAGCCAUCCUUACAAGCUGCGGCAGAGCCUGAACUAAUCCAGCCUUUCCGCGUUACACUAGCCCCUCCUGUCAAACAGCCUUAUUUGGUCCCAAAGCCAAGAUCGGCUGGUUUCUUUCAUGUGAGACCAGGUCAGUCAUUGGAACCUUUUAAAACUCUCAUGCGUUCAAAGCAGUUUGCCUAUGGUGGUGUGUCGAAGAGAGGAACCGACUCAACAAAGACCAGGGCAAGAUUGCCACAUUAGGCCCUUUGUUUCUGAUAUCAAAGCAAGAAACCAGCACCCGGUCAACUGGGUUCCCGCCGUCCGGCCCAGCUGAGGUCACCUCAGCAUCUGUUGCUGAGGAGCCGAAGCUCUUUAACUCAACCACGAUGAUUCCUGUGGAAGAACUGGAGUUUAAAACCAAUAAAGUGACUGAGGGCUUCAGUCCAUUAGAGAAGAGCCUGUUCCUUAAUGUUGCUGAUCUCUUCGGUUCAGAAGAGGGGAGCGGGUUUGAACAGUGACUCUCUGCAUAAGGAACGUAAGCACAGAGGGGGAAAAAUGGAAACUGACAAUGUGACCUUUUCUAUCGGGGAGGAAAAAAAUAAAUAAAAAUUUUAGAACCUCU